AUGGGCUUUCGAUUUGGCAAGAGCGACGCCCGCGUCGAGACCGAGGCCGUGUCCUCGGGCGUCGACGUUCUCCCUGGCGGUGAGAAUGUCGAGUCUGAGCUCCGAAACUUCAGGAAGCAGCAUCGAUGGGAUCCCUUCCUCGACAUUGACAAGCUCGACAACAUUGACGAGGCUUUGGCUUCGGGCAAUGCCGAGAAGGAGGCGGCCAUUGAUGAGUCCUUGAUUCAGGAGGACUCUCCUUAUCCCGAAGUCCGCGCUUCGGUGCCGCCUACGGAUACUGAGGUUCCCGUCGACACUAUCCGUGCCUGGGUCAUUGGUGCUAUCAUGUGCACUAUCGUUGCCGCCUGCAACAUCUUGCUCACACUUCGCCGGGCUCCCAUCACCAUUACCUCCACUGUCGUGCAGUUGGUUUCUUACCCCAUCGGUUGCUUCUGGGCCCGUGUUGUGCCCAACUACACAUUCACCCUCUUCGGACACGCUUUCGAGCUCAACCCUGGUCCUUUCAACGUCAAGGAGCACACCAUCAUCACCAUGAUGACGGCUGCCGGAACUGCUGCUUCCUACGCUAUCGACAUCUUGCUGGCUCAGGAGAUCUUUUACCAACAGCACCUGGGCUGGGGCUUCCAGAUCCUUCUCAUCCUCUCCACUCAAGCCAUGGGUUUCGGUGUUGCCGGUGUUGCUCGACGAUACCUCGUCUGGCCUUCCUCCAUGGUCUGGCCCGCUGUGCUCAUCACCACCACCGUCAUGUACUCGCUGCACGACCACUCGCCCGCCGACCCGGCCAUGACCAAUGGCUGGAAGAUUGGCCGAUACAGCUUCUUCCUCAUCGUCGCGGCUGGUACUUUCUGCUGGGAGUGGGUUCCCCAAGUUAUUGCCCAGUUCCUCCAGCUCUUCAUGUUCCCCUGCUGGAUCGCCCCCAACAACGUCGUUGUUAACCAGAUCUUUGGUGGAAACACUGGAUUGGGUCUCCUGCCCAUCUCUUUCGACUGGUCCAUCAUCUCUGGUUUCCUGCUCUCUCCUCUCCAGACCCCGGCCUUUGCCAUUGCCAACGUUUCCGCCGGCAUCUUCGUCAUGCUUCUCGGAAUCAUUGGUCUUGCCUACGCUGGCCCCGAGUUCUACCGCUACCUUCCCCUUAGCGCCAACCAGAACUUUGACCACUACGCUCAGCCUUACAACACGAGCCGUAUCCUCAACCCUGACUUUACGGUCAACCUGACCGCCUACAGGGAGUACUCUCCUAUCCUGCUGGGACCCGCCUUCUCUCUGUCGUACGGCAUGGGAUUUGCUGGUCUUAUCUCGACAAUCACCCACAUUGUCCUCUUCUACGGCCCCGACGUCUGGCGCCGAUCGAUCGACUCUCGCUCUGAGGAGCCGGAUAUUCACAUGAAGCUCAUGCGGAAGUACAAGGAAGCCCCAGAAUGGUGGUUCCUAAGUAUCUUUCUCGUGUCAUUUGGACUCGGGAUGGCUGCAUCGUUGGCCUGGCCAACGCAUCUUCCCGCUUGGGCUUUCAUUAUCUGUAUCCUCAUUGGUCUCUUCUUCUUCAUCCCCGUCGGCAUGGUUCAGGCCAUCACCAACCAGCAGACUGGUCUGAACAUUGUUACCGAGAUGAUUUUCGGCUACAUGCUUCCCGGCCGCCCCGUUGCCAUGAUGCUGUUCAAGUCUUGGGGUUACAUGAUGACCUACAACGGCCUCACAUAUGUGUCUGACAUGAAAGUCGGUCACUACAUGAAGAUUCCUCCCCGCAGCAUGUUUGGCGCUCAGGCAUUUGCUGUCAUCUGGCUUUCCAUUGUGCAGAUUGCUGCCUACAACUUCCUCCGUGGUAACAUUGAGGGUAUUUGCACCCCCGAGCAGGCACAGGGUCUUACUUGCCCCAACGCUCGCACAUUCUACAAUGCCAGUGUCAUCUGGGGUGUCAUUGGCCCCAAGCUGGUCUUUGGUGCCGGUCAAUUGUACUCUUGGAUCAACUGGUUCUGGCUGAUUGGCUUCGCCUGCCCCCUCAUCCAGUGGAUCAUUGCCCGCCGCUACCCUCGCUCAAUGGCCCGUUACGUUGUCUUCCCUGCCCUCUUCGGAGCUGCUGGAAUGAUCCCGCCCGCGACUACCUGGUACCUCGCCCAGUGGUGCAUUGUUGGUCUCAUCUUCAACUGGUACAUCCGACGACGCUGGCUCGGCUGGUGGACUCAAUACAACUACGUCUUGUCCGGUGCUCUGGAUAUUGGUACUGCCAUCUGCACUGUCCUCAUCGGCCUUGGCCUGGGUCUCGGCAACGCCAGCUUCCCUGACUGGUGGGGAAACACCGUCAUCAACAACAACCUGGAUGCCAAUGGCGCUGCCAUUCUGCGGGUUGCGCCAACUUCGGGCCCCGGUAUUGGACCGACGAAGUGGUAA